UUUUUUUGUUUUUUAAAGUUGGAAAUCGCUGGAUAAUAAUAAAUAAAUACGUACUAUACGGAAGGAACUGGUUACAACUGUUGCGAUUUUUUUGCUGUUUGUUUUGGACGCGUUGUUUUUUUUUAGUUUGACUCGUCUGAUUUUUUUUUUGUUUUCGUAAAUUGAUCUCGAUUUUUUUUUUUUUGGUUCACAAUGGAUGAUUAUAAAACACAAUCACUUUGGAAUAGAUUAUGUCGAACAAUACGAGCUUUAGAUUUUGGUUUCUAUGGUCAAUCAAUGGAUGGUGAAUCAUCAUCAUCAUCGUCAUCAUCAUCAUCACCACAAACGGUAACAUCAUCAACAUCGAUUUCUGAAUUAACUGCAUCGUUUGAAUCAAAUUUACCAUUAACCGAAGUUACUGUUGAUUUGAUUGAAAAAACAUUAUAUCGUAAUGGUGGUGGUACAUCAGGACGACGAUCAAAAACGGUUAAACGUUUAGGAAAAUUGGAUGUAAAUUAUGCAUCAUAUAUAUUACAUCAAGCGGCUCUUUCACCUGAAUCGGUAAUAUUGGCAAUGAUUUAUUUGGAUCGAUUGAAAAAAACCAAUUCCACUUAUCUGGAAAGUAUGACAUCAUCGGAAUUAUUUGUAGCAUCAUUGGUUGUUGCAACGAAAUUUCUAUAUGAUAAAGGUGGUGCCGAUCUGGUUUACAAUGAUGAAUGGGCUACAUUUACCAAUAUCGAUUUGGAUGAUUUAAAUCAAUUGGAACGUGAUUUUCUUGAUGCCAUACAAUGGUCAUGUUAUGUACGGCCAGAAACAUUUCAAGAACAAAUGAUUAAAAUGGAAGGAUUAAUAUCGUUGAAUGAAUUUCGUAAACGUAAUCGUAAUACAAUGACAUAUAUGGAAAUGAUAUCAUCAUUCAAUUAUUUACGUCAUUUUUAUGAUCAAAAUAAUGAAUUAUUAUGGUCAAAUCUGGUCACAUUAAUCAAUGGAAUACUUAUUUGUACAGCUGCAUAUACAAUAGCCAUUGGUGUUGUGAUUGCAUCAACAUCAUUAGUUGCUACCACUGUUCAUAGAAAUCUAAAUAAUGAUCAACAACAAAAUCAUUCGAUUUCUAUUUCAACACUAAUCGAUGAUAACCAUCAUCAAUUGAAUCUACCGGAACUUGACUGGUCAAAAUCUGAUAAUAACGAUACACCUAUUUCAAUAUUUUUAUCAGCAAAAAAUUUCUUAUCCAUUCAUCAUCAUCAGCAACAACGUUAUCGAAGAAAAUAUCACCAUCAUCAUCAUUGA